GGCGCACACAGAAGGGACACUCACCAUGUUCCAGCUUCUUAUUGUAGCACUAGCCUUUGUAGGCACCAAUGCUCAGAUCUCCUGCGGAGGUUCAAUCAGUGCUGACAGUGGCACAUUGAGCUCCCCCAAUCACCCUGCUAACUACCCCUCCAACGCAGAUUGCGAGUGGGAUAUCAGUGUACCUGCUGGUAAGGUGAUCACUGUUGUCUUCAGUGCCUUUGAGGUGGAGGAUCGUGUUGGCAGCACUGGACUUUGUGAAUAUGACCAUGUCUACCUCUUUGACAACAACAAACAACAAGCAACUUUCUUCUGUGGAACUGAGAUUCCUGAGUCCUAUACCACCACUGGUAAUAGCAUGAGAGUUGGCUUAAUUACUGAUAGCAGUGAGAACUAUUCUGGCUUUAUGCUGACAUUUGUUGCUCAUGUUGAAGGGGAGACACCCGUCAUCCCAACUCCUGGGCCUAGUACUGCUGGACCUACUGCUGGACCUACUGAUGGACCAGACAGUUGUGGUGGAACCUUCACUGGUGCCACAGGUAGCCUUGUUUCACCUAACUACCCUAGUAACUAUGACAACAAUUUGGAUUGUGUAUACCAAAUCAAUGCUCCAGCAGGCCCUCUCAUCCUGGAGUUCUCAGACUUUGAUGUGGAGGCAUCUGGCUGUAGUUAUGAUUACCUGGAGAUCAGGGAGGACUCAGCAUCUGGCAGCCAACUAGGCAAGUUCUGCGGCUCAGCUAACCCAGGCAAAGUGUCAACAUCUGGUAGUUCAAUUUACAUGAGGUUCAAGACUGACUCAUCUGUCACAAAGAAGGGCUGGUCCCUUAGUUGGUCCAGAGCAACUUGUGAAUCAUUUGGUGGGACUUGUUCCUCAAGCUGCUCUGAUGCUGGGGAGUGGAAUUACCCAUGUGAUAAUGCAGGAGAAAGGUGUUGCAAGCCAGAUGUUUUCCCAAGUGAAUGUGGAGAGAGAAAAGUGUCUUUGAUCAGCCACCCUAAGAUUGUUGGAGGAAGUGUUGCCACGCCUAAUAGCUACCCAUGGCAGGCAUCUCUCCAAGAUGGUACCUUCCAUUAUUGUGGUGCCUCUUUGAUCACAGCCCAGUGGGUCGUCACUGCAGCUCAUUGUAUUGUCGAUGAAACCUCAACAACUGUUGUACUUGGUGAACAUGACCGUGACACUGCAAGCGGCAAUGAAGUCAGAGCUCCAUCAGCAAUGAUCAUUCCUCACGAAGGCUAUGCAGCUGGAGCCCCCUACCCCAAUGACAUUGCAUUGAUCAAGCUACAACAGCCAGUGACAUUCAAUGACUACAUCCAACCUGCCUGUCUGCCUGAAGAUCCUAACAUGUCUGUCACAACUGAGGACAAUUGUCUCAUUACUGGCUGGGGAUCAACACAGGACACUGGCAAUAACAAACUUCUCCAAGAACUUGUCGUUCCAAUCUGGUCGAAAGAAGACUGUGCCGCCAGAUGGGGACAGAGUUACAUCCUUGACACACAUAUCUGCCUUGGAACUGGCGAAACUGGAGCUUGUAAUGGUGAUUCUGGAGGUCCUCUUAACUGUAAGAAGAAUGGUAAAUGGUACCUUGCAGGGGCAACAUCCUGGGGAUACAGAGGCUGCACUGAACCGGAUUAUCCUGAUGUUUAUACUAGAAUUUCCAAAUAUGUUGACUGGAUCACUGAGAAGAUUUCUCAGAAUUCAUAAGUGACCCACACGAGACUUUGCCCCACUGUGGGAAUACUUAAAAUAACAUGGAAUAUCUUGAAAAUUGGAAAAUCUGAUUUUUCCUUAACAUUUAGAAGCCAAAAUUGUUAAUAAAUGGAGACUGGAUAUGAUUGGGAUACGAUUGAAUCAAGGUCAUCAGAGAACCAUUAAAUAUUAUAGGAUACAUAUACACUAUACUGUAAAAGUGAAAAAAGAUGAUUUACAUGCAUUUACAACUUCACAUGAAUUUACUAAACAGGUGCAAGAGUGAAGAUGAAGCAAGUGUCAUGUAUUCACUGUUUGUUGUGAUAAAUCAUGUUCAUCUACUAACUAUAUUCUUCUUUUGAAAUAAAUAAAAUCACAUAUUGUUCAUUGAAUAAAA